CAACAUAGCGUGGGCUCUGCCUUCCACAUGAGAAUCCUUGAGUGCACCAAAGAGAAGGAGGCAGAAUCCCUGCCAAGAAAAGCAAAGUGCAGCCUGCAUCAAAAGCGUGGGACUCGUCCAUAACUUCUGCAGAGCUGGAGCUGCUGUGGAUCCCCAGCGGGCUGGGGACAGCUGGCUGUGGUGGCUGAUCCUACCUCAGCCGUGAGCAGCAUCACUCUGGAUCUCUAGGGAAGUCAUCCAGGAAAAAGGCUUGAGGCACCAAUGCCGAGCAUCACCUCCUUACCCAAGAGGGUCCUGAUGACAUCACAUCCUCCCCAAAGAGAGACACAGCCUCCCAAGCCAAGUGACAAAGAUCAUCUCAGCUGUGCUGCACCAGCCCCAAGGACAGACAGCCCAGGAGAAGAUGGACACCGCUCCUGCCCUGCUCCUGCUGCUCACGCUGGCAUUCUGCUGCCCUGGCGUUUAUGGCCAGUCACUCGAGAUAAAGCUCAGGUCUCCCAAGGACAUCACCCAGCUGCGGCUGGGCCAGAAGCUGGAGCUGGAGUGUCGCUCUGACAGGCACAGUGGUGCUUACUGGAUCCACCAGGACAAGAGUGGGAGCCUUCACUUCAUUGUCUUCAUCAGCUCCACAUCCAGGGCCACCUUUGAGGGGAAUCAGAAAACAUCCCCACACUUUGAGGCCUGGAGAGAGCACACGUCCUAUCAUUUGGCAGUGAAAUCUUUCACACCGCAGGAUGAGGGGAGCUAUUUCUGCGUGGCAGGUUUCAACCAAAUGCUGUACUUCAGCCCUGGCCAGCUUGCCUUCCUUCCAGCCACCACUGUAGUGGCACCCACCAUGUGUGGAUCCACCCCCAAGAGCAGCACAACUGAGGAGCCAAACCUCCAGACUCCAGAUCCAGCAGAGAGAACGCAGGAGGAUCUGGAUUUCUUCUGUCACAUCUUCAUCUGGGUGCCCUUAGCAGGUGCCUGCCUCCUGCUCCUCAUCGCCCUGGCCAUCACCAUCGUGCUGCGCCAACAAACCCGAAGACGAAGAUGCAGGUGUAAGAGACCUGCAAACGAGGAGUCCCCCAGGAAACCCAGAGCACCAAAGUAACACAGAUCAGCAUCUGCUCCUUCUGGCUGCUGGACCAUCUCCUGGGAGCUGUCAGCACAGAAAUCCAUCUCCUACGACAGCACAGCACCUCUCCCACUGUGCCCCGGCAGGUUUGGAGAGACAAGAGGGAGCGCAGACACACAGCCAGCAGCAGCUCUGCCCUGUGAGCUGCAGGGUAAAGCACAGCUCCUGCCAAACCCUGAGCUUCUCUGGGCAAUGCCAAAGGCAUUCCCAGCGGUUCCCAGCCGGGGUUCAGGCACCAGAACCAUGCCAAGCCUGAUGCUGACGCGCCUCAGUGAGAAGCUGAUGAGAAAUGAGGACACGAGCUGGACCUUUGCUCAAGGCUGUGCGGGACUUCCUCCCAAAAUGCAGCCAGAGGUGGAAUUUGCUACACAAAGCCUUAGAAAUAAUUAUCCUCACCCAACAGGUCUUCUUCUUGCGGUACCUCUCUCCCAGGGUUUUUGUUGUUUCAUGUGAUGGAACACAAGACUGCAGUGAGAAGUUAAUAUGGAUUAAAGGGCUUUUCUGCUGAGGUUUUUACAGUCCUGGGGGUGAGGUUCACUGCUCCCCCCACACUAGCCUUGUUCUGCUGCUACCCCUGAUCCUCCUGUUUCUGCAGGAGUUUGGCCUGAGUAAGGAAAGUGAGAUUUGCUUUCUUUCUGAGGGAAA